AUGGAGCACAACCACCUCCACCUCCACAACGGCUCCCUCCUGGCGCACCACCGCUAUGGCUGCGGCUUGGGAUACGCACCUGUCGUCUACUACAGCCUGCUGCUCUGCCUCGGGCUGCCGGCAAACAUCUUGACAGUCAUCAUCCUUUCCCAACUUGUGGCUCGCAGGCAGAAGUCCUCCUAUAACUAUCUUCUAGCUCUAGCUGCUGCUGACAUCAUGGUUCUCUUCUUCAUCGUCUUUGUUGACUUCCUCAUGGAAGACUUCAUCUUAAGCAAACAGAUGCCUCAGGUACUGGACAAAAUAAUUGAGGUGUUGGAAUUUUCUUCCAUCCACACCUCCAUUUGGAUUACGGUUCCACUGACCAUCGAUAGGUACAUAGCUGUGUGCCAUCCGCUGAAAUAUCACACAGUCUCCUACCCCGCUCGUACUCGAAAAGUCAUCGUAAGUGUCUAUAUCACCUGCUUUUUGACCAGCAUCCCCUACUACUGGUGGCCCAACAUUUGGAUCGAAGACUACAUAAGCACAUCAAUGCAUCACGUCCUUGUCUGGAUCCACUGCUUUACUGUUUACUUGGUGCCCUGCUCCAUCUUCUUCGUCCUGAAUUCCAUCAUUGUCCACAAGCUGCGGCGAAAGAGCAAUUUCCGACUCCGAGGGUACUCCACGGGGAAAACAACAGCCAUUUUGUUUACUAUAACUUCUAUUUUUGCCAUACUUUGGGCACCAAGAAUAAUCAUGAUACUGUAUCACCUCUACGUGUCGCCUAUAAACAACAGCUGGGUGGUACAUAUCGUGUCAGACGUGGCCAAUAUGCUAGCACUGCUGAACACUGCAAUUAAUUUCUUCCUCUACUGUUUUAUUAGCAAAAGAUUUCGCACAAUGGCAGCUGCCACGCUGAAAGCCUUCUUUAAGUGUCAGAAGCAACCUGUGCAAUUCUAUACAAACCAUAACUUUUCCAUAACAAGCAGCCCUUGGAUUUCCCCAGCCAACUCUCACUGCAUCAAAAUGCUUGUUUACCAGUAUGAUAAGAAUGGAAAGCCUAUAAAGAUAUCACCGUGA